AUGAAGACAUCACGCAUCUCCACUAUCAGCCUACUGGUUGGAUGUAUCCCUGCUGCUGCAAGUCCGAUCUCCUCCCAGUCUGUCUUGUCGGUAUCGGUUCCUCUACCUGGGGAUGAAGGCACCCAGUACUCCCUGCCGAUGUUCGAUCCCAAGCCCUGGGAGCGGAUGGCAGAGAUUCAUCUCGCUCGCGAGGGCUACCUCUAUGGACCACCUCUUCUGGGGAAUACCUCUGCCUUCCCGACAGGAGUCUUGGGAGAUGCCAUGGUGGCCCGCGAUCGAUAUCUAUGGUUCAAAGACGUAGAAUACGUGACUGAAAAUGUCUACCCGGAGCUGGAGAAGGCGGCUGCAGCGCUUGUUCAGGAAGGUGGUCUUAGGGAUCUUUCAAGCUACAAGGCGAUCUACGAAGAUCAGUGGACCGCGACUGUUCCCGACGGCGUGGCCCCAGGCAUGCUGAGCAAUUGGACGCAGGACCUUUUGUUCUCCAUGGAAAGACUGUCAACCAACCCAUAUGUCGUGCGUCGUUUGCAUCCGCACCACGACGGCCUUCCCUUCCAGGUAGAAGACCGAGUCGUGCGGCAUCUGGCAGCGGGACGGACACUCGCGGACCUCCAUGACGAAGGUCGGUUGUUCAAGGGAGACCACUCCUACCAGGCGAGGUAUUCUCAGACCCCAAACCGCUGGACGGCCGCCUGCACAGCCUACUUCUUCAUUCAUCCGUACUCGGGGGAGUUUCUGCCGUUGGCGAUCAAGACCAACAUGGGUCGUGAUCUGACCUACACUCCCCUGGACGAUGAGAAUGACUGGCUAUUUGCAAAGAUGGCCUUUAGCAUGAACGACCUCUUUCAUUCGCAGAUGUAUCACCUGGCGAACACCCAUGACGUGGCAGAGCCGGUGCAUCAGGCUGCUCUCCGGACGAUGAGCGCUCGUCAUCCUGUGAGAGGGUUUAUAGAUCGCUUAAUGUACCAGGCAUACGCGGUUCGUCCCAUCGGGACAGAAUUUCUGUUCAACGAGGGAGGCUUCUACGACAGCUCAUUUGCCCUGCCAAACUUUGCUGGCAUCAGGUUUGCAACGGAAGCAUACUGGGCGCACGCAGGCCACUUCCGAGCGACUGAAUUCCACCGUGACCUAGCAGACCGAGAUCUAAUCGACUGCAAGUACGGACCGGAACUCAGCUCGUUCCCAUACUACUCAACCGUAUCCCCCAUGAUGGAUGCCAUACAGGACUUUGUGCGCGAAUUCGUAGCAUCGUACUAUCCAUCCGAGGAGAUGCUAAUGCAAGACCGCGAGCUCCAAGCCUGGAUUGUCGAAGCCAACGACGAGGCCGAAGUCAUCGACUUCUUCAAGCCACCUCUCGUGGACAGGGAAUCUCUCACCUCCAUCCUCUCCCACAUGGCCUUCUUAUCCGGAAUCGCGCAUCAUGCUCUCAACGGAGCCACCGUCGGCGAAGUCUCUGGAAUUCUCCCCCUCCAUCCCUCAUCCUUCAACCGUCCUCUGCCUGAGACAAAAGGAAGCAUAACCUCGCUGAUGCCAUAUUUACACAAUGAAACAGAAGCCAUCAAGCAGGCAUCGCUGCUGGUUCGUUUCAAUCGUCCCUUGCUGGACGAACAGGAGGGCAAUCUUCCGCAGAUGUUCUCGGGGGUUCAGUUUCUCUCGCGGACUGAAGUAUCGGUGCAAACGGCCGAGUCCCGGUUUCGAGAACAGAUGUUGAAGAUUAGCGAUUUGAUUCGGGCAAGGGAGUUUGAUGAUAGGGGGCUGUCUGAGGGGAUGCCGUUUAUUUGGAGGUCGAUUGAUCCGAGGAAGAUUCCGUAUUAUUUGUGUGUCUGA